AUUUUCAUCAUCAUCAUCAUCCUCUUUUCUCUUACAGUCUACUUCACCCAAAAUGUUUGUUCAAGUGACGAAGGAGGAAGAGGAGGGCGAGGAGGACGACGAAGAAGAGUAGGACGAGAAGCAGCCGAAUGCCCUACCCCUAGUUCCUCCUUCGUGCCUGACCUUCAUGCUGUGUACACGGUGACACGCGCCUUCCCCGGGCAUUCCGACGUGGCCUGCCUCAACGAAGACCCCUGCGUCAGCCUCACCUCCCGCUUCGUCCCCCCACACCUGCCCUACCCCCGCUUCAGAGACCGCCAGUGGAUGCAGGAGGUGAGCUGGUGGCAGCGUGAGGGCGUGGUGGGGCCGGCAGCGCGAGGCGGCGUGUGUGCGUCUUCCGAGACGCCUCUCUACCCUGUGUCCUUCCCGCUCAUGUCCUCCAAAGCCCUCCUGGUGCCAGAGUUCCUUAGCUACACCAUCAGCAUCGGGGAGGACCUUCGUGUGAGGUUGCAUGGAGCUGUGCCAGGCGCCGACGUGUGGUGGCAGCAGGAGCCUCUGGAGCCGGGCCGUUGGAAGCAGGCCACCCUCACGAAGUACGGCGAGCUCCUGGUCCCCGCUGCGAUGCUCUCCGGCUCCGGGUUUUAUUCCCUCCGCAACGACAGCAACGUGAACGACACCGUGAGCGGCAUCAUGGGGACGUUCAGCCUGGUCGUGCGGGAGUGCCCCGCGCUCCGCUACGGGGAUGACUGCCGCGACUGGUGCCCUGACUGCAUGCACGGCGGCGAGUGUCACCCACGGAGCGGCGUGUGUGUGUGUCCCGAGGGCGUGAUGGGGCGCCUCUGCGAAAAGCGGUGCGGGAAGAACAUGUCAGGGCGGGACUGCACGGUGAGGGUCAUGAACCUUCCGGGGAGGCAGGUGUGCCGCCCCUCACCUGUGCCCUGCCGCUGUCUACCUGGAUUCACGGGGCCAAGGUGUAAUGAAGAGUGUCCGCUGGGUAAGUGGGGAUCGAACUGUGGUCAGGACUGUCGCCUGCACUGUGCUGCCAACUGCGAUGGAUUUACUGGGGAGUGCGACGCCGAGGGACCGUCUCAGUGUGCGGGAGGUGACGCUGGUCUGCCCCGUCUCCGUCAAGCUCCCGUGAUGAAGGAGGUCGGCGCCGAGGAAGCGACCAUCGAAUUCGCUGAGUGGCGUGAAGGUUACGAUGACGGGGACGCCACUCCUUGGGAUAGCCUAACACACGUCGUUAGGCUGAGGACGGACAAGCUCUCCUUGGACUUCAUCACCUCUGGAUCUCGACACAGACUGACGAAGCUCACGCCGGCGACGCAGUACGAGGUGAAGGUGGUGGUAGUUGUGGCGGCGAUGCGCGGUGGCCUCAACCUGACGUGUGUGGCUGACGGGACGGGAAGGGAGAGGGUACACAACGUUACCUUCACCACCCUCUGCCCUAAAGAGAUCCCGAUGCCGGAAAUCAUUGACAUCGUGAAGACGUCAGACGCAAGCAUCCUCGUGAGGUGGAAGCCGGUGUCAUACCCCCCUGUAUGUCACCUGAAGUAUCACCUGUCAGUCAUCCCUGAGGCGCAGGGCGAGACAUCACCAUCCCUGGAGACACGCAACGUAACGCUGACGGAGACACAGACGGAGGUGCAGGGGCUGGAGGCGGAGGUGCAGUAUACCAUUCGCGUGUUUGCCAGCAGCUCUUCCUCUUCUUCAGCGCCUUCUACCAGCUCUCUGCAGAUCUACCAAAAGAGUGUGGGUCACGCCGAGGUGGGCAUGGUUGUGGCGGUGGUGGUGCUGCUGACGGCAGUGACUGCGGCGGUGCUGUGGCGGAGGCGACAACGCAAGCGGAAGUCCAUGAGACCACGGAAUCGCCAGCCAGAGAAUACCCCCCACGCCCUUGUUCCUACCGAAGAAGUGACCUAACCACAACCCCACAACUCUCCAGCACCACCGCCUGCAUCCCUGCGCUGUAACUGUGUCCACCUUAGCUCCAAAAUUAGGGCCAUAUUCUUAAACAUUUCGGAGCCCUAGCACACACAUUUGAUAAAGCUUUCAUAGGAAUUGUGGGUAUAAAUCGAUGGGUAAUUUAAUGAGUGAAAAACACUCCUGAGAAUCUUGUUAAUUUCCUCUUCGGCCUUUGGCCGAAGAGGAAAUUAUUAUUAUUAUUAUUAUUAUUAUUAUUAUUAUUAUUAUUAUUAUUAAUAAUAAUGCUAGUACUACUACUACUAUUACUACUACUACUACUACUACUACUACUACUACUACUACUUAAAAGAUGCCUCCACCCAUGUUUAUUUUCCCGACACAUAAUCAUGGAGGGCUCCAUAAAUUGGAGAUCAUUAGCCCCAACUCUGUUCGCUAAUGACUGUGGCAUCCAAUUAUAUCACUAAUCACUAAUAAUCACUACUACUUAGCACUAAAUCUAUAUAUAACACUUUAUCCUCUCCUACUAGUCCUACUACUAUUCCUUCACUACUCAUGUCGCUCCCGACCUACCCUCAUGUCACUCUCCACCACUGUGGCCUCAUAGUCAAUAUUGGAAAUGUUGGUGGCUUUUGAGCCAAAGUGUCUGGUGCUCCUGAGAAAUAGGAUGGCUGACCUAAACAGGGAGAACGAGAGGCGACACCUCAUCCAGGCGAGAAUGUGGCUCCUUGGGUGAUGCUUCUUUUCUGAGAUCAGUUCCGCGAGUCGUGCGUAGAAGCAUCGGGCCCUGGGACCCAUCCCGCCGGAUGUGACGAAGACGAGGGGGUGAAGCUGCCCUGACCCACUUGCUGGAUUCUUUCAGCGUAUGCCCUUGUCUUCUCCUGCUCGUUCCUGUGGUGGGCGGCUUCCAGGGGCAGCUCACGGUGACAGGCAGCCAUCGGGUCGAAUAUGCGGAUGUCCAUGAAUGCCCUCUGUCCGUGCACCCUGAAUCCGCGGGCACUUACUCGUACAUCAACCCGUGCCUCAUGUGGAGUACUGGCCAUCCUGUAUCUAAGGUGUUCGCCGUCCAGGGGGAGCAGUGACGGCUCGGUAGUGACGUCUUGGCAUACCUCCCCGAGCAUGCUGGCUGUCAGAUCCCUACCUCAUCGUGUCGGAUACAGACGAAGCCUCCCUUCUUGCAUGCAUGGUGUGAGUGACAUCAUUCGGUGAUCCACAUGCACAGAGAUCAGCCAGCCCCUCAAUCGGCCAGCCAUAUUUCAGAGCAACGGCGUCGACAAAUUGUUGUUUGUUGAGGCUGAAGCCUUUUGCUCUGAUUAGUAGAGACGUUAGCCAGUUAGAGGCGCCUGCCUCCUGUGCUGUGUGGAUUUUUCUGCACAUUUCUUUGGACAGGUUGUGUGUUAGACGGUCCAGCUCGUCCUUUUGGGCCUGGUGUCUUUCUUCUGAGAUUCUUCUUUUAAUUUCUCUUAUUUCACUUUGGUCUAUUUAGCCGUCUGCCUCCUGAGCGAUGAUCCUGUUGGUGAGGGAUGAUAAGGCUGAUGGAGUUUUGGUACUCCUUAUUAGCCAGCUUCUCAGGAUUGGUGAUCCCCAUUCUGCCCAGUCUUAGACGAAGUGCUACUACUACCACUACUACUACUAUUAUAGCACCACUACUUACCAGUAUUUGAACUUAGCUAGAGGCCAGAUGGAGGUUUGGAGAUACUGAAGACAGGAGAUAUAGACUACAGCUAGUCACCUGUAUCGUAAUCUAAUCAGUAUCAAGCAUGUAUGUAAUCCAGGUGGCCGAGAGUGCUGCCCAUGAAAGUGUCCUAUAAUUAUAACAUUGUGCUGAGCGUUUGAUGUACUCGUAUUAGAGGAGAAUAUUUGCAUCCCUAUAUUGCAGGGCUCCAUUUUUUUUUUUUUUUUCGGUACCCUUAUUUGUAAGUGUAGAUAUGUUUUAUAAGUGUAAGUGAUUUUUUGUAACGCCCCCUCAAAUGAAAAAAAUAUAUAGUUUUUAAUAAAGUUAAUCAACCCUC